AUGGAAGCAGUUGGAUCUGCAUCAGCAAUUUGUGGAAUUGCGGCAGCUGGAAUUCAAUGCUCCAUCAAGCUUAUAGCUCUUGCUGGCCUGGUCAAGUCUGCACAAGGUGAUAUUACAGACAUUGCAGAAGGCGUGCUGUUGAAUGCUAGUAUUUUACAGCAAUUGGGAGAGCUCGCGAAGAUUGGGAUAUCUCACGAACAAACCCCGCUGUACACCAAUGGCAACAAUGACAAAUCGAAGAUACCACAUCCAGCGACUGGAGGCGAUGCCGAAGGGAGCACUGAGCCCCAACAGGGAAUCUUCAAUGCAGCUGGGCUAGCAGUAAUCCUGGAGCUAGUUACAGAAUGCAAUGAUAUUUUCAGCACGCUGAAUGAAGUCGUACGAGAGACUAGUAAAGAACUCAGCGGGAAUACCGAAGGUCAAAUACGGAUCAAAUCGACUCGGGCGGGAAUGGUAAAAUGGCCGUUUACCAUGCCGCAAAUAGAAAGCAUGAGGGUUCGACUAAGAGAUGCAAAAGGGACAUUGAUGCUCAUGCUCCAGGUUGCUAUGCUACGCGAUUCAGAAAAGGCGAUGGAGGGGUAA